CGACACUCUGACUCUAACAUUAAGCUCUCUUCACGAGGAAUCUAAUGAUGUUUUAUUCUCCUUCCAUACUCUCUCUCAUCCAACGGUCAUAAUCAUUUUCCCACACCAAAUCUAAAUCUCAACCGUCCAUUCAGAUCCACACAACCCAAAAAAAUCAUCAUCCUCAUCCCUCUCAGAUCUAACACGUUACACCAACUUGCUCUUUGAUUUCUCUCUCUCUCUCACUCUCUCUCUCUCUGCGCGCACACACACACCUCCCACAUUUUAGUGAGAGAGGAGUUUUUUCUAUUACCCAUUUUGCCCCUUUGGCCGGAGAUGGUGGAGGCACAGACAUGGGCUACGAGGAGAAUGAGCAACCCCAGGCUGGAUGCCAACUCCACCACCUUGGCUACCACUAAUGACCAAGUUCUUGACAUUCCGGCUACCCCACCUGGUGAUAUACGGAAUAAUGCUUACUCCAGCCCCGGAUCAUAUUUCUCUCCUAAUAUUUUAACGGCCUUGAUCAUUGCUUCAUGGUACCUCUCCAACAUUGGUGUUCUGCUCCUCAACAAGUACCUCCUCAGCUUCUAUGGCUACCGCUUUCCAAUAUUCCUAACAAUGCUGCACAUGAUUUCUUGCGCUUGUUAUAGUUAUGUGGCAAUAAAGUUUCUUGAAAUAGUGCCAUUGCAGCAUAUUUUAUCCAGGAGGCAGUUCUUAAAGAUCUUCGCUUUAAGUGCAAUUUUCUGUUUCUCUGUGGUUUGUGGUAAUACUUCUUUGAGGUACUUGCCGGUUUCGUUUAACCAAGCUAUUGGAGCAACGACGCCAUUUUUCACUGCCAUUUUUGCAUUCAUAAUAACUUGCAAGAAGGAAUCUGCCGAGGUUUAUUGUGCGCUUUUGCCUGUGGUUUUUGGGAUCGUUUUGGCUAGUAAUAGUGAGCCUCUGUUUCAUUUAUUUGGGUUCUUGGUUUGUGUUGGUUCUACUGCUGGGCGUGCUUUGAAGUCUGUGGUUCAAGGAAUUUUAUUAACCUCAGAAGCUGAGAAGCUCCAUUCUAUGAAUUUGUUGCUCUAUAUGGCACCAAUGGCUGCUUUGAUUUUGUUACCAUUUACCCUUUACAUUGAAGGGAAUGUGGCAGCAAUUACAAUGGAGAAAGCAAGAGUGGAUCCCUUUAUUGUAUUCUUGUUGAUUGGGAAUGCAACGGUGGCUUAUUUGGUGAAUUUGACAAAUUUUUUGGUGACCAAGCACACGAGUGCCCUGACUCUGCAAGUGCUAGGCAAUGCCAAGGCUGCGGUGGCUGCUGUUGUUUCGGUCUUGAUCUUUAGGAAUCCGGUGACUGUAAUGGGAAUGACAGGAUUCGCAGUUACGAUCAUGGGCGUGGUGCUUUACAGCGAGGCAAAGAAGAGAUCCAAGGUUACAACCCAUUGAAAGAUAAAAGCUAAAAGAUUCAUUUUGAUUGCCACAAACAAUGGCUGCCACUGUACUUGGCAUUUUGGAUAUAUCUAGAAUUUCAUGUUGAUAAUUGAUAGCUUGAAGGCAUCCAGAUCAGCUUCCUGGCAAACUACUGGAUAAGCAUGCUGCUCGCUAGUGAUCUAUUUGGUCGCAUUCAAAGAAAAAGAAUAGAACUUUCAGUUAUUUGCAUUAUUAUUCAUAUUCACAUGUUUGUAUGAUUCUGAAUUCCUUUUAUAAGAAAGUCACUUGAUUUUGAGCAAGUGAUUGUGUCCAA